AUGUGCUUCCGUGUGGUCAUACCACAUCAAACUGUUUUUCUUUUGUGUAUCACGGUUGUAUUCCUAAUAAACAUCGUCUUCUAUCUGUACAAAGAUGAGACACCGUACGAUCAAAACCACUCCACAACAUCCGGAACGCUUUCGAUGCCGUCGCGUGUUUCGUUCCAAACGUCAACUCCUCCUGGCGAUAUGGGAUUACCUGUACAGUACAACAAAACUGAUCCUAUGAUCGUGGCACAGAUAAAGCGAUCCAUGGUUCAACAAGGUCUCAAUGAAUAUGCUUCGGAUCUGGUGUCUGUGAGGCGUCGAUUGCCUGAUCUGCGAGAUCCUUGGUGUUUUAGUGGGAGCAAUCGAUUACCGUCGGCGAGCCUGCCUGCCACAUCCGUCGUGAUAGUGUUCUACAACGAGGUAUGGUCAGUGUUGGUUCGUACAGUGCACUCUGUGUUAGACCGGUCACCACCGCAUUUGCUUAAAGAAGUUAUUCUAGUAGAUGAUUGCUCCAACUUUCCCUUCCUGAAGACUCAGCUCGAAGAGUACUUCGAACCGUACCCGGUUGUAAAAUUUAUUCGAGCCACAGAGCGUCUCGGAUUGAUACGCGCUCGGAUGGCUGGAGCCAAGCGUGCUUCUUCGGACAUCGUGACCUUCCUGGAUGCGCAUGUAGAGUGUACAGAAGGUUGGCUUGAGCCCCUUCUUGAGGUGGUCACCCGCAACUCUACACAUAUCGCCCUGCCAACGAUCGAUCGCAUCAACGAGGAAGAUAUGAGCCUUCGGACAAACAUUUCACUACUACUGGCCGGUGCCUUCGAGUGGGAUCUUAACUUUGGAUGGUGUGAAAGGAAGCAACUACACCGGCAGUAUGCUCACCCAUUCGAACCGUUCGACACACCAGCGAUGGCGGGAGGACUGUUCACCAUCAAUAGGACGUUCUUCGAGCGGAUCGGUUGGUACGAUGAGGCUUACAUCAUAUACGGAAUGGAAAACAUCGAGCUUUCGAUCAAGAGUUGGAUGUGCGGAGGAAAAUUAGUCACUGUGCCGUGUUCACGUGUGGGGCAUGUGCAGAAGCACGCUCAUCCGUACCUUUUCGAUGUGAAGAAAGAUUUGGCGUUCCACAAUUCAGCCCGGUUGGCUGAAGUAUGGAUGGAUGAGUACAAACAGGUCGUAUUUGACGUGAACGGGUUUCCUCGAGCUCCAUAA